AUGCCCCCAAUUACAAUCCCCCACUUCCUCCUCCCCCGGGGCGCCCCCUCGGCAAGAACCCUCCAAGCUCUCACCAUCGCCCGCCGGAACACCACCAACCCCCGAUGCACCUUCACCACCUCAUCCCGCCUCUCAGCACACAAAGAUGACAAGACCCGCGUUCUCGAAAAACCAGACAAGUUCCGUCCGCCGUCUCACCCCGCGCGCCGCGUCGUGCAGACGCGCAAUGGCAAGAUCACCCCGGGCCCGAUGAACUAUGGACCACGACUAUCGGAGAAGGAAAAGGAGGAGCAGAAACGGCGCGAGUAUCCGAAUAUGUUCCCGCCCGAGGGCACGGUUAUGUUUAAGUUUUUGACGAGUCGGUGGAUUCAUAUCUGGAUUGCUAUGAGCGUCCUGACCACCCUCGCUACGUUCACCUUUACGACAAACUUCAAACGAACCUCUCCAUUCGCCCAUCUCCUCCCCGCCUGGUCGGAUCUCCUUUCGUCCCCCUUCUCCACCAUCUCCCAGGCUCUUUCCGUGUACCGGAUGCACGUGCAGCACACCUCCAUGCAAACACGAGAGAAGAGACACAAGCGCGUCGAAGAUGCCGAGAAGAGACGCCAGUACCGUGUUGCGCAUGGUCUGGAGGAGGAACCCGCUUCCAAGGAUGAAUCGGCUGAGGCCGCUGUCGAUGACCAGUCGCCUAUUGCUGCUGAUGCUCCUGCGCGGGAGGGAGAGUAUGUUGAUUGGGAUGGGAAGAGGAAGCCUGUUAAGAAGUGGCUUGGGAUAUGGUAG